CAACAACAAGAAAUAAGCCCAAAAGUUAGCAAAAUGGAUAAACUUUUAUAAAAUAAUCUAUAUAAAAUCAAUGUUAUUAUGUCAUAAAAGCAAUGUGUUUUGUUAUGGUUAAACCUAUCUCCAAAAUGGAUGUUCUAUAACUAAUUGAAAAUAAAUGAAUCAACUAUUUGAUAUACUGAUGAAACAAACUCUUAUUUGGUCUAAAUUGACGUCGUUCUUGUCAUUACUCAUUUCUUUACUACUUAUACAAAUAUCAGUAGCAUCAAACAGUGAAUCAAAACACUAUCUUUUAAUACACGGUCCAAUGCAUACGAAUGUUCAGAUUAACUCAACUGUACUAUUGAGAUGUCGUGUUCAACUUCAGAUUCAAAAUGAUCUUAAAGAAAAUCACUACAAAGUAUUUCAGAAUAGUAAAUUGAAUAAUGAGGGAUACUUUUCAGAUGUUUCUUCAUCAUCAUCUGCCGUACCGGGAGCAGUUUGGCAAGUUAUCAAUCCAUAUUUAUUGUCAGAUAAGUUGAAAAUCAUUGUUCAGUGGAUGAAAGAUGGAUUUGGUUAUGAUCAAGAUACAUUGAGACAAACAUUUAAUGGAAGGUAUACAUUGGUUGAAUCUGAGGAAAAAGAUGUAUAUGAUUUAAUGAUUAAAAAUAUUCGUUUUGAAGAUGAAGGUGAAUAUGCAUGUCAAGCUAGAUUGGUAAAAAAGGCAAAUUCUCAACAGAGACCAUAUUAUUUAUAUCAAUUUGUUAAUCAAUCAAAAUUUUAUCGAAAAUCAAUAAAAUCGAAUAUGACCAAUCACUUUGAUUCAUCAAUACAUGAUUUAUUUAAUUUACCAAUGAGUUUAAUUAAAAGUAAUACCGCAUACUUAAAUGUUAUUGUUCCUCCAAAAUCAAUUCAUUUAAAUAUUUUAUUAUAUGAAAAUGCCAAAUAUCGAUUUUUCUACAAUCAUAAUAAUCAAUUAAAUGAUCCUGUACAAAAUGAUCAAUUAAAUAAUAAUCGAUCAAUAUGGAUUCAUUUAAAUCAAACCAUUCAAUUUAUAUGUAGUACAUCAUCAUGGAGUAAACCAUUAGGACAAUUAUUAUGGUACAUAAAUGAUAAAGUACUAUAUCAGGUUAAAAAUGAAAAGAUGACAAAUUAUGAUGCAACAAAUUCAUCAUCAUCAUCAUCAUCAUCGUCGACGUCGACAUCGUCAACAUCAUCAUCAUCAUCAUCGUCGUCGUCGUCAUCAUCAUCAUCAUCAUCAUCAUCAUCAUCAUCAUCAUCAUGUCAACAUAUAAAUGAUUGUUUUCAAAAGAGAAAAGAAUUAUUCACUUGGUUAAAUAUGGAAUUUUGUAAUUUACAAUAUGGAUGUCAUAUUAUAAAUAAAACACAUAAUUCAAUGAUACUUGAUCAUUUCUCAUAUACAGCACAAUUAAUUGAAUUUAUUCAAAUUAAUGAUAUGCCUUCAGGUAUUCAAUUAUUUAAAACUUGGUCUAUUUUAAGUCUUACGUUUCAUGGAAUACAAAUGAAUCAAAUUCCAAUUAUGUGUUCAUUAGAAAACCAACAUGAUUACAUACUAGGCAAUAACAAUAAUAAUGAUAAUAAUGAUAAUGCAAAUAUUAUUCAAUCUAACAGAACUUCUAAUUUUGGAAAUACAUCACUUAGAUCUAGCAUAAUCACUGUUCAUCUUUUAUAUAUUGAUAAAGUGUAUAUAGAAAUCUAUUCAAAUCUAAAAACAAUGUUUACUUCAUCUAUUGAACAUUCAAUGAUAUUCAUAGAGAAUCGUUCAAUUCAACUUGGAUGUUUUUGUGAAAAGAUUAAUGUACCUAUUCAUGUAAAUUAUGAAUACACAUUUUUUAUUCAAAUGUCAAAUAAUACUAAUCAUACUGAUAUAUUAUUCAAUAUAAGUUCAUUAUCAACUAUUCAACAACUGAAUACUCAUUCUCACAACACUGUUUUAUCAUCUGGAAUCCGUUCAAAAUUAAUGAUAUUACAUCAUCAAUUGAAAUAUCAUAUUAUAGAAUUUGUACCACAUCGAAAAUUUCAUAAAGGAAGAAUCUAUUGUCAAAUAUUGAUUAGAAUGAAAAAUGAUACAAUCAAUAAAAUUGAUUCCAUGAUAACUGAGACAUCAUCUGUGGCAUCAUUGAGAAGUUGGAGAAAGCAAAUUUAUGAUGUUCAUAAUGAUAUAGAAGAUGAUUCUGUAGAUGAUCCAGUAAUGAUUUCUUCAAUGGGUCAUAUUGAUUUAAAUAUUCAUUAUGGACCAAAUAUAGAUAAUCGAGACGAUGAGUUUUAUAUACUGUACCCUUGUUCAAUAUUUGGAAAGACAUUGAAAAUGCUCUGUUGGACAAAAUCUACAAAUAAUCUGUAUAUAACACAAGAGAUAACAUUAAGGUGUCAAACAGAUUUUAAUCCAUCUGGUCAAAUUGAAUGGUUUACAUGGAAAUCAAAUGAUACACAAGUUUAUUUAUCAAAUGGUUCUAAUUUACAACUUAACUUGAAUCAACUACAAUCUUCAUUAGAAAUGAUUACAGUGAAUUCAAAGAAUUUAUGGAUUAUUGAUAAACAAUAUUUCAAAGAUCAUGAAAAUCAUCUUGAUAUAGAUGAUCACAUGAAAUUGAAAAAUGUUAAUUUUCAUCUUCAUUUAUGGAAAUUCACAUGUAUAGCUAGUUCAGUGGGAUUUGAUAGUCAGUCAGCAAAUAGAUUUAUUAUUCAAGCAGAAAAACCAUUUGUACAUAGUAAUUCAUAUGUAUAUGGAAUUCUAGGCAAAUCAGUUAAUCUUAUCUGCAAUGUUGUCAGUUUUCCGGAACUAAAUUUCACCCAUCCAGUAUGGUUACAUAAUGGUGAAUAUAUUACAAUAGAAGAUUCAUAUAGUAGUAAUAAUGAUAUAAUGACAAUGAACUCAACAAUUGAAAAUUCCCAAUUCCCAAUUAUUCUUACUCAGAAUUUUAUAUCUAAAUAUAAAAUCAUUCACAGAAAAUAUUCAGUUGGAUGGAUUAUUACUUUGCAGAUCAAUAAUUUAGAUCUAAAUGAUGAAGGCGUUUAUCAGUGUACAUUUUCAAAUUUAAUGGGAUCAAGUUCUUAUGAGAUAAAUUUAUAUUUAAACUAUAGAUUGACCAGAAAUGAAUUUAUCAUUAUGAUUGUCAGUUGUGUCAUUUCAUUACUGACUAUUCUUACAUUCAUUAUUGGUUUAUUAUAUAUUCAAAGAAAAUGUAAAUAUAUUGAAUGGUCUAAUCAUCAUUAUUUCUGUAUAAAAUGUAAAUUAACAUUGAAUAGAACAACCUACAAUAAAAAUGAAAGAAGAUACAAUCAUAAGACAGUUGGGUACUUUACAGCAGUGGACUUAAAUGAAUCAAUCACUCAAUCAACCUUAUUUGAUAAUACUUGUCAACAUCAGUUAAACAACAAUUUCAAUAUUCAAUCUGAAUCAAAUUGUUCCACAUGUUCAAAUAGAAAUCCUUUAAUUCUACCUAAUCAAAACAACAAUGAUCAUGAUAGUUAUGUAUAUGAUUGUUAUGAAUUAAAACAAUAUCCUUUUCAAUCUAUCACCAAUUCAAUAUAUGAUAGUAAUAAUCCUAAUUGUACAAUAAAAUGUCUUUAUAAUAAGUUUAAUGAUGAAUCUAUUCUUCAAAAUGAUAAUCAUAAUCAUAAUGAUAAUCGUGAUGAGAAAUCAUUCAAUUCAAAUCAAACUCCUUUAUUGAAUCCAAUUUAUACAAAUGAGAUUUGUUUAAAUGAAUUAAUGUCAAAUUCAAUGAUCAAUAAUCCAUAUUCAUCGUAUUUUAAAUGUUAUACGAAAAGUUAUCCAAUUCAAAGAUCAUAUGGUACAUUACCUCAUAAUUGUAUGUUAUACUCUAAUUCAAUCAAUGAAAAUAUUCAUCUAUUUAAUAAACAACACCAACGACAACAAGAGAAUUGUAUUCAUUGUAUAUUGAAAUGUGGAAAUUCAGUUUUAGCGCCUAAAUUAAAUGAAACUAUUUCUUAUUAUUAUGAUAAUAAUAAUAGUAUUGACAAAAAUGAAUGCCAAUACUAUCUAUUAGAUAGAAUGAAUAGAAUGUGUAAAUAUGAUCAUUUCAAUGAAUAA